CGCUCUGGCUAUGGACGUGCUGGACAUGCCAGAAAGCGGUGAUUGGCUACAUGUUAUAGCCCGGGCAGUUCAACUCCUUCUGUGUCCUUCCCCCAUGGGAGGCAUUGCACGCCACAAGUUUUUUUCCCUGUAAUUUCGAAUCCAUUGUUGUGAACCACAGGCUACCCCUUCACGAGCAAUUUUCGCACAAACAUUCAGUACCCACUUCAGUCCACGUGUCAGCACUAUUAUGUUACUGCUUAAUACCCGUAGUUGCAGAACAAUGCCACGCAGGUUUCAGUUUUCAUGUACCACCAAGGAGAGAAGGUUUGCGCGUUUACCAUGUUAAAUCAACCUCUUUUGUACUAACAGUGCUAGUUGUGAGAAAAACUGUUGAGUGUGAACUCAAAGUUUGUAAGCUGUCAACUCUAAAAAUAGUUGUUUUUAUUGAGUAAAUGCUUCCCCCUUGAAAAGCGAAAUGUGUCAAACUGUCAAAGUCUUCUGUGGUCAUCUAAACUCUUAAUCUCUAGCCAUGCAAAAUACACAAUGGAAGAACAUUUCACAUGACAGAAGUUUUCACAGUGGAUUCAUCUGCUCGUUGUGGGAGGAGCGAGUUUGUGCGAUGAAGACUAACCCAUCAGGAUAUAAAUACGUACGCAGCAUCUGUGUUUUAAACCUCAAAGAUAACUUUGGCCGCGUGACAAAAAACUACGGACCAGGACCGAGGAGAACGUCAAUACAACCGAGUAUAUGCGCGGCUGAUGAGGAGAAAGGGGUGUGCUUGCCCUGGAAAAUCAUGGGAAAAUAAAGAAAAGGAUAAAAGAGGCAAGACAAUGAAAGAAAAGAAAAGGGCAAGAGAAAAGGGAAUGGAAAUCGUCAAUUUCCCAACAAAAUACCUCAGAAUCAGCCCCCCCCCGUCGAAUGUUUUCACUUGUAAGUUCAGUCUGCUACUAUUGCCUCCCCCGCCCUCGGCCAAUAUGCCCCUCCCUCCUGGCGACACCCCUCAGGCAGUGGCUUAUCAACGUGAUCACACUCGUUCAGUCUUCCCCCAAAUAUGAAGCCAAAUCACCAGUCCCUCUUAGUUGGUCCUUAAGCCUAAGGUUCACAUUUCCGGUAAUUCGCGGAAUUCUGUUAAAACCUAACCGGCGCUGUAUACUUCUCACAAGCUGAAUGCUGAAUUCAUCUCAUGCAUACAGUAACAACAAUCGGGGCUUUUAAACAACCACGUUAUUUCCCUUUUAACUUCAUACAUAUACAGCUGAAAGGGGAAUGUACCGUAAGUUUUUAAAGCACUGAUUGCCACGAUUUUCACCCCAAAAGCCUGUAUAGCCAAAUCCCAGCCAUUUUGCUUCCAUCAGAAGGCAAAUUUGAAAAACGACUGUUCGGGGAACCAUGCAGUCUAGGUGACAAAAACACAGCAUGUAAACACUACGUAGGCCCUACAGUAUGGUUCAGCAUUGACAUUGGAUGACAGUCUUAAGCGGUAUUAUUUCAACUGCCUGUUUGCAAGGUUUUACUUUUCGACUGUAAGGUACUAAUUGUUAUUGUAAUCUGUAUUAUAUGUUCCCAGUCUUGCUUGGAACAAAACGUGCUCGGUAGUCGAUAGUGAUGUCUGUGUGUUAGGUGCACAGCGCAUGCGUGGUUUUCAUGUUCCUCCGCGAAUCAAAGCAACGAUCAUAUUAAAAGACCAUUCAACUAGAAGCUGCGAUAAUUCACAGCCGCACUAAAGCACAGUUUUGUGCUUGGCCUGUCGAGCUUGUAAGUCAAGUGUGCUCUGCAGGAUCUGUGAACAGUACUAACAACAACACUUAUGUGUGAGGUCGUUUGACUGUCCAUGGGUAGAGAACAGUGUUCCUGAUUGAAAGGUGCCAUUGCAAGAAGGCCAUGAUAUGUGAAAUUUUAUGUGAUUGUGGCAAAAACGUGGCACGAGAAGGAAAGGUUACCUCGAGUCAGCGUCGGUGUAUGUGUAGGAUUCGUACAAAAGUCGACUGAUGAAGACGUGACGAUUGUCGCAGGCAGAAACUGUAGGCUCUGUUGACGAUGGGUUUGCCUCUGGUUCCGAAGAGGGCGCGGAACUGCAUCACGGUUAAGAAUGAGAUCGUACGGGGAAUGCUUGCAGAAAUGGCUGGGAUAUUCGUACUCGUACUCUUUGUUGACGGGGGUCUCGCCGCGGGUAUCGUUAGUGGAUGGAUUUCAGGGACACCGGUGUCUACUGCCGUCACGUCCGGAAUGGGCGUUGCAUUCGGGAUAUACACCGGCGUGGCUGUAUCAGGUGGUCACGUGAAUCCCUCGAUUACAGUCGGCUUAGCGUCCGUCGGCAAGUUUCCAUGGCGACGGGUACCACUCUGGAUCCUUGCUCAACUCGUUGGCGCCUUGUGCGGUGCUUCGGUUGUCUUUGCAAUAUACUAUCAGGGCAUCAAUGCGCUGGAUGGGGGUAACAGGACUGUCUUCGGUGACACGGGCACCGGUGGAAUCUUCUGUACUUACCCGCAGGAGUACUUCGGGAUGGGUCCUGGAUUUGUGGAGCAGAUCAUUAACACGGGCCUCCUCCUGCACUGCACCUUAAUGUUUUUCGACGAGAAGAACGGCAAACCGACCAAAGGGAUGGAGCCGUUCUUCGUGGGUCUGUCAGUGGCUAUGAUUAUCCUAGCGUGGGGCCACAACGCAGGCUCACCCAUGAACCCAGCCAGGGACUUCGCUGGCAGGUUUCUUACAUGGAUAGCUGGCUACGGAUCUGAAGUCUGGGUACCUCGGGGAGUCCACUGGUGGUGGAUUCCCACGUUCGUCCCGCCCCUUGGGGGAAUCGUCGGGGCCAAUUUCUACUACCUGUUCGUCGAGCUGCACCACCCGAGCGAUAGCGAGGUGGUAGCUGAUCACGGGAACUCGGAGCUCAGACAGAUCCAGAAUGAGGACGUGAAGCUGGUCGGUAAGUCAUCAUAUAUCAAAGUUGCGACUGAACCCAUUUCUGAGUGACACUUUAUGACAGAAUGGUGAAAGCUGGUGAGCAAACUUGAUGAUAACACUGUUGGUGUCACUUAAGUUCUUGGCAUCCGUACAGAACAACCAUUUGAAAAAAACAUGUAGCCCCUCACCUGAGAUUUAAUUGUACGUAUAUUGAUAAGAGUCACAUAGAAGUUUGUUGGAAUGGGUAUCUUUAAUUCAUAUCUACAUGUAUUUGUUUACGUAAGUUUAAAAUCAUUUCUAAUCGUUUUAGUUACAAUGCUUUGGAGUCGCUCAACCUAUCCUAUUGUAAUGGCUCUAUUGCAUAUAUAUUUAUAUAGAUCUAUAUAUAUUCCCAGUAUUUGUUUAACUGUGUUAUGCCUUAUCUUAUAGGCUAGUUUUAGCAGUUUUGCAGCUAUCUGUUCUUUGUGUAUGUUGUAUGUUUGGCAGCUGAAUAUCAGUCAAGCAAUUUGCAGAUGUUCGGAAUGCUUACAAUCCAGUCAUAAAAAUGCCAUUUAGACAAUAAUGAUCAUUUUUACAGAAGAUCAAGAUACUGUUGGAUUGCAUCAUGGCUGUAACUUGAUCAAAAUAUACUUCGGUCGUUUUUGAAAUACAAUAAACAUUCAAGAAUUGCAGUGACCGUAUGUGUAAGUUGACAAAUCAUGGAUCAUUAUGAUGGUAUAUUUUGAUUGACUUUCGUUUUAUACAUUAAUGUAAAUAACUCAAUAAGCAGAGUGAAUAUUCAUAUCAGUAUGUGUUAUUAAUGGACGUUGUUUUAAUAUACUCAUUGCAGUGGUUAUCUUUGUUUAACCGUUUAAAAUUGGUUUGUAACCAUAUCCUUUUUUUAUUUAUGAGAGAAGGGCAUUGUAAUGUAAGCACUGUAUGGUAUGGGGAAAACCCUAAUCUGGGAGAGGUAUACGCUGUGGUUGAACCAUUCGAACCAACGUCUUCAUUGACAUAAGUAUCGAAAUUGUAAAUUUCAAGAAAAAAAAACCUGCAGAACAAAAUGACCUUUUCUAUUCGCUCUAAAUACAGACGAUUGACAAUAGUGCGCCUCCAAGAGUUUCAACGGGUUGACCAAUCACAACGCGCAAAAUCUGUCGACCCUUUCUAAACGCGCAUUUGGUCGACAGUUUUCGCGCAUUGUGCUUGGCCAACGCGUUGCAAACUGUUGGAGGCGCACUAUGUGAAACGCCCAAGGGUACAGUUUCCCUUUCUCAAAAAAAAGCUUUGUACCCAAUACAAUCUGUAUUACAUUACACACAGUUGCCAUUGGGGUGACCAGACUUGAAGGCGCGGGGGGGGGGGUUGAAAUUCAAUCGCCGUACUACAUGAAUGAAAGAAUCGACUAGUGAUAGAGGGCGCAGUGACAAGAUCCGCUAAGAGCUGAUUUGGUGAGCCCUCGGUUGACUUAGCCCGCCUGAAGCAGAAUACAUGAACGGAACUGCAGGCCUCUGUCUAUUUACGAAGUUAACUAUAUGCGUCCACACGAGUAAAGUCAAAUAGGUAUUCUGUUGUAAGACUAGACCCGUGUUUCUGUGCCAGGAACAGAAUUUGAUCACAAAUAUGCAAAUGAUGUUGUUUAGUGUUGAUCUAAAAGCUUCUAUGAAAGCAGGAGAUGACA